UGGCCAGGGAGAUGCAUUCAGUCGCUGGUUCCCCACUCGGAAGCAACCAAAUUUACUCCACUCUACUCUACUCAACUUUUCUUCCCAACAAACACACUCACCCAACUCGUCGCUAUGAACUCCUUCUCAGUGUUCUUAGUGUUCGCUCUGGCGGCCUUGGCUGCGGCAGAGCCACCAUCCGGAUAUAACUAUCCCCGCGGGGGAGGAGGAGGUGGCUCGGGAGGUGGCUUUGGAGGUGGCUUUGGGGGCGGAUUCGGAGGCGGCGGCGGCGGUGGCGGCGGCGGCUACCAGGCUGUGAGCGGCGGCUUCCAGACUUCCGAAGGCCAGAACGUUGAUCCCCAGCUACUGGAGCAGGUGCGUCAGAUCCUGCUGAACGAGGAGAGCAAGCAAGGAGGAGGUGGUGGUGGCGGCGGCGGAGGCGGCGGCGGCUAUCCUAGUGGCCCGUCCACCAGCUAUGGUCCUCCAUCGACCAGUUACGGAGCUCCUGGAAUCGGAGGAGGUGGUGGCCGUGUGGUUGGCAUCGAUCUGGAAGGCGUGCGUCAGGCCAUCCAGGUGGCCCAGUUCGCCCAGCAGAGCUCCCAGUCGGGAGGCGGCGGCGGCGGAUACCCCAGUGCCCCAUCUGGAUCGUAUGGAGCCCCCUCGAGGCCCAGCGGCAGCUAUGGAGCGCCCUUCUAGAUCCACGCAACGGUCUCACACACAUAUCUCUGCCAAAAAUGAAUACCGACGGACACGAAUACCGACAAAGACGACAUCAAUUUGGGCAUCCUGGACCUAGAAAAAGGAACUACCGAUUCGCUCUGAUCCCGAGAGAUCUGGUGAUCGUUUCCCAUCUCAAGACCCCUUCCAAAACUCAGCGACUGUGCAUCCCGUUCCCUUAAGAACCCAAACUCAAUCUCGAAUUUCGGCUCGUACCUUCAAAACGAAUUUCGAAUCCGUGGCUUCGUUUUGGACUUUUUUUGUAACCCUUGUAAAUAGUU